UACGCUGUUACAUGAGUCGAACGCUUAGUUUGGUUUUAGUCGCGUCGCAGCAGCUCCCCAGCUACAUAUUGUUCGCAUAGGCCAAGCGCAUAGAAAAUAAAAAUUUCGAAGUUUUUAAAAAGAAAAAAAGAAUUCAACAAAGGAAGAAUCAGGAAGGAAAAAUCAACGAUAAUUGCUAUUUUAAUCGAAAACGUCCAAACAUCUAAAGUAGCUAAUUCAGCUAGUCGAAAUUGAAACACAUUUUUUAGAGUGAACGACGAAAAAAACCGUUUCUCAGAUCUCAUUUUUCGGUUUAUACCUCUAACUGGAUUAAUUUGAAGGAACAAAAAAAAAAAAAAUUUCAAGUGAGAGUGUUCGUGAAAAUAGAAAGAUUUAAUUUUUGAAACAAUUUCAUUUUUUAUAUCAAAAAAGAAAACAUAAGUUAUUUUGACCGCUGUAUGUAUCAAGAGAUAUAUUCAAGAACAGCUAUUUUAUAACAACACUUUACACCACAACUAUUGAAAUAAAUUAAGACUAAUUCGAUUGAAAAAGAAACAGUUUUAUUGCUUAAUACCAGCAAAUGGCAGUAGGGCGACCGAAAAAAUAUGCUAAAUAUUCGACACUAUUCAAUGUUUUAACGCAGUGAAAAUUUUCAUGAAGAAAAAAAACCAUACAUUAAAAAGUGCAAAGAACCGUUAUUAUAUAGAGAGCGAGAAUAAAUUAGUUAGAGAAACGCAUUUGAACGAAUCCAAUCCAAUUGUGUUGGAUUAAAAUAUUGUCGGAAAAAACAUAGUGCUUUUGUUUUUUUCAGCCAUUUUGGUUUUUGCAUUUCAUAAGGAAGUUUAACUUAAAAAUCAUCAUAAAUGGAUUUAGCACGAAAAAGGAAGUGGGCCAAAAAUGCUAAUGGCAGUCGCUUGGAAGACCAACAUCAUCACACAUCGGAAAUAGUAGCAGUACCGUAUUUAUCAUACAAAGCAAGUCGUGGGCCAGUGCUGCGAUCAAGUGAACGCCGUCGAGCACACGCAACAUUAUCAACGUCACCCGUAUUGACACCACGCGUUGUCAUACCUCGUUUGGAAUCCACGCGUGAUUUCGAUCGUUUGCGACUUUCAUACAAAGUAACCAUACUUGAUCGAAGACAAACGCGUAGCAGUCGUGGCAUGAGCAUGGGACAAAAAAUUUCAGGAAGCGUUAAAUCUGUUAGUCGUGAUUCACCGACACCAUUUAAACCAAUCAUUCCGCGUGAAUUGGCCGCUGAUUUUGAACGGCCAGCACGCUUAGAUAUUCUGCUUGACAUGCCACGCGCAGAGCUAGAAACACAAAUCAAACACUCAUGGAACGCUGAAGAUCGAUCUCUCAACAUAUUCGUCAAAGAUGAAGAUAAGUUAACGUUUCAUCGCCACCCAGUUGCACAAAGUACAGACUGUAUACGCGGCAAAGUUGGAUUCACAAAAGGCUUACAUGUGUGGGAAGUGCAAUGGUCGACCCGACAGCGUGGUACACAUGCUGUAGUUGGCGUUGCAACAGCUGAAGCACCAUUACAUUCAGUAGGUUAUCAAAGUCUGGUCGGUUCAAAUGACCAAAGCUGGGGCUGGGAUCUUGGCCGAAAUAAGCUCUAUCACGAUGCAAAGAACUGCAACGGUAUCACAUAUCCAGCGAUCCUGAAAUCAGAUGAAGCAUUUUUAGUACCAGAUAAGUUUUUGGUUGCGCUCGAUAUGGAUGAAGGAACACUUAGCUACAUUGUCGAUGGCCAGUAUCUCGGCGUAGCGUUUAGAGGAUUGAAAGGCAAAAAUUAUAUCCAAUUAUAUCAGCUGUUUGGGGACAUUGUGAAAUUACGAUGAGAUAUGUUGGUGGACUAGACCGUGAGUACACACACAAUUAAUCAUAAAACCAAAACCAAAGAUGAAUUCGAAACUGUGCACUCUUUCGUUUUAUUGUGUGGAUUUAUUUUUGAAAUGUUGUUAACAAUAAGACUUUUAUUUCUAUUCAGAA